UUCUCCACGGCCGCUCUGCUCUCCGGCCCUUUGGCCGGCUGCUAUUCGCCCCAGCCGCAUCCUCAUCCCCAUCCGCAUCCUCAUCCGCAUCAGCCGCCGGCGGCUUGCGUGCCGGGUUCGAGUCCGGCAGCGGCGGCGGCCGCUGCUGCCGCCUGCCUCGCCAGCCUCGUUGAUCAGGCUCCGGAUGCGGCGAGACUCGGACCUGGGCUCAGCGGCCAGUCCGAGGCGGCGAGGCCCUCGGGACUCGAGCCCGGCCUCUUGUUCGCUCGGCCUGACGGCCUGUUCUCGGCCGUGGCUGCGGCCGCCCAGUCACUGCUGCUCGGCGCCGCGCCGGUCUCGGACGCCGGACCCGUCGGCCCGGCCCUCGCCGGCCUUCCGCCGCACCCCAGCCUCGCCGGCCUGCCGGCCCCCUCUUGGCUCCUCGGCUUGUCGGCCGCCGCUGCCGCCUCGCUCCAGCCGCCCGGCGAGCCCGGCCGGCCCGACUGGGCCUCGGGCUCGAGUCCCUUUGCCGCCGCGAUGGCCGCCGCCGCAGCCGCCGCCGCACACGUCGCUUUCGCACCGCCGCCGCCGCCGCCGCCGCCGCCGUCUCUUUUGUCGUCGUCCGUCUCAUCCGCCUCGUCGUCGUCGUCGUCUUCGGCCGCCGGCGCCUGUCGGCCCGACUCGUCGCGACCGGCCACGCCGGCCGCGGCCUCGAACCAGGGCCCGAGCGUCCCCUUUCCGGCCAACGGGCUGCCAGUGCUCGGCAGGCCAGAAGGCGAGGGCACUCGGCCCGGCGCGCCGGGACUCGGACUCGGGCUUGUUUGCGCCAACGCCAGCGGAGGCUAUCUCGCGACGGCCGAAAUCGUCCACAUCUGCCAACGUCUCGAGGAGGCCGGCGACCUCGACCGACUGGCCCAGUUCCUAUGGUCGCUGCCCGGCCAGGCCGGGCUCUGGGACGACCUGAACCGGUCCGAGGUGGUGUUGCGCGGCCGAGCUCUGGUCGCCUUCCAUUUGGGCCAGUUCCGCGAGCUCUACGCCAUCCUCGAGCAGCACUCCUUCCCGAAACACUCGCACGCCAAACUGCAGGCUCUCUGGCUCGAGGCCCACUAUCAGGAGGCAGAACGCCUUCGAGGCCGGCCCCUCGGACCGGUCGACAAGUACCGAGUGCGCAAGAAGUUCCCGAUGCCCCGCACCAUUUGGGACGGCGAGCAGAAGACGCACUGCUUCAAGGAGCGUACGCGCAGCCUGCUUCGCGAGUGGUACCUACAGGACCCUUAUCCGAACCCCGCCAAAAAACGCGAACUCGCCAACGCCACUGGCCUGACGCCCACGCAAGUGGGCAAUUGGUUCAAAAACCGACGACAGAGGGACAGAGCCGCGGCAGCCAAGAACCAGUAA